AUGCAAAAAAUCCUGCUUGCGUUAGAGCUCCUCGUCGUGGGAUGUCUGGCAUCAAGCGGUGAGUCCUGGCCCCUUAAGAGAACAAUUAUUUCUUCAUGUUCACCAGUUCUACCUUCUGAAUAAAAAAUCUCUUUUCCAGCUAUGCACAGAGGACAUAGCACAUGUACAGUUAGUGACCUAAUUCAUGAAAUGUGUCGAAAGUUACGAAUGAUUGUCAAGCCCUCGCAAGCUGACACCAUUUUAUGAGUCCGAUUUCUAUGUUAAUUAAAUAGAAGUUUAAAUGAAUUAAAAGCAUAAAAAAACAUUAAAGGCAGUGUCACGUUGUUUAGAAAUUCCGAUUCAUUUUGAAAGGCGCAAUAUCCCGAAAACGUCAAAAAUGGCUCUAACUUGUAAACUUCGUUUUUAAAUAUAUAGAAUGUAUUCUCAUACCCAAAACAUGGUAAAUAUGAAAGUAUCCAUAAAAUAACGUCUAGUAAUAGUGUUCUAAUGAAGUUUACACCUAAAUAUCGUUUAAUAAGUAGUGUGUCAUAUAUGACGGUUUGUCAACUGCCUACAUUCCGAGUGUAGACUCCAAAACAGUUUUCCAGCAUUUGGCGUUAUCCUUGAGUCUUUUCAGUUAAAUGAGAUGAGAUUUAACAAGGGAAACUGGAAUUUGCUUGAUUUCACCGAUGGGGACGUCGAAGGAACAAACAUUUUCAUAAGGUGACAUGCCAUGAGGCCAGUCGGUGCCUUAUAAAUUUAAAUAUAUCUGACAGGCGUGAUCGUAAGCAUACCAUUUUCUGUUUAUAGAGAGAACUUUUCUUCCGUUAAAUUAAUUUACACUUUCUGUUCGGUUUGGAUUACGUUGAAUUUCAGAUCGGCCUCGAAAUUUUGCUGAAUACUUCAUGAUUUUCAGUCUUUUCACCCGAUCGUCCACAAAGACAGAUUCUGAAUUACCUGUCUGUUAAAAGCUUUAAAAUAAGAUUAUCAUUGAAGGCAUUUACCGAAUUAGUGGGCAAUUGGGCGCUCCUUUUCACGAAGCUAGUCGUCUGGGUCCCAUUUAAGGACUCAUUCAAACAUGAAAUUUCAUUUUCGAGAAAAAUGACUGUCCAUAACGAAAGUCAGCAACAAAUAUGCCUUCGAUCAAUAAGAAAACUUUCCUUAAUAAUUUACCUCUUUAGAAAGUGCUUUAUUACUGCACUCCGUUGACGGAUCUCUGUAUACUUUGCAUUUUUGCAUGGUGAGACCAAGUAAAAAUUUGACACUUUUGGCCGUUUCUUCCACAUGUAGGCAGGGUUUUAUCUUACGUAGUGCAGUGAAGGCAGCUGUUUGCCAGACGUUUCUGAUUAUGAAUUAUUAGUUAAGAAACUAAAAUCCCCUUGGACAAUUCAUUUCGCCUGAGAGCACCUUUGAGCGAUAAAACUUUACUAAACCACUCCGAGCCUCACGUACUUGUCACCAUACAGCAUACGAUGAGGUCAAACGCUCCUGAAUGAAAGCAGAAAGUAGGCUUUAGUUGAUUCUCAAGGGGUAGCAUUUUUAGAAUCACUUCAAGCGUACCCGCCGGUCGACGAUUGGGCGACACCCCAACAUAAGCAAAUAAUAUUGUCAACAGUAAUUUGUAAAAAUUAUGAGCUUCAAGUCAAUGAUGUUUCCCGAAAUUUUUAUUUCUAACAAGAAAACCUGUAGAAAAUUAUAACGCUCCGAAAGUUAUUGCUCGAUUAAGCUAAAAAAUCGAGUGCUUCAAGCCUAUUUUUAAACAACACCGCUGCUCCUUAGGUUUCAAUAUGAAAUACGCGUUUUCAAUAUAGCACACUUCGCAAUACGUUUAAUAUAAUUAACAAACUACCUCAGACGCAUCGAAAAGGUCGGAAUAGGUGCUAUUUACAAAAAAAGCUCUGUUUGCAACACUACUAAACUCCACAAAGGAGACUGCAGACAUCUCAGGAGUGCCGAUGCCUUUCGGCGCUUUUUAAACCAGUUUUCUUAGGUUAAGGUGAUUCCAUACUUAUGGCACAAGUAGUAGCCAAAAGCCCAUACACGCGGGUUUCGCCAAUAUUCUGCCGCCGCAUGACACAGCUGUGAGGGGUUCGGCUCGUCAGUGGGUCCCCCAGCAUUCCCUGUCUGCUUUCUAAUAAGUACUCAAAUUUAGAAACUGACGUUUUUUAAUUUCCUUAGAAAUUAAUUGCGAAUUCGGUGUGGAGCAGUAUAUUUAAGGUUUAUAGGUUUAUAGGUUUUUUUUUACGGAGUGUGGCUUUUGGAAGCAGCCGUAAAGAAGUUUUUCCGAAAGCCGGCGUCCUCUGGUAGCUGAAUUAUUAUGAAAUUAUGCUGCAUGCUGAUUGGUUUUAAAAUCCUACUUAAUUAAUCUUUUCGAAAUAGAAACGCAUUUCGGAAUUUCUGUUGAAAUUUCAUGAUUUAGCCCACAUACUGUACAAAUCCUCGGCGGAAACAAAAGAACAAGCCUAAAAUUCUGUCACGCCGAGGACGAUUGCUUUGCGAAAAACAGCUGCCAAAUUACAGGACGGUAAUUUUAUAACAAGUUUUAGUACAAGGUUGGCCUCUAGCGGGCUAAGCAAGCGCUAACUUUAGCGUUUUACGAAUAUUACAGGCUUGCUUCGUCCUAGCUGAUGGAUCCGAGCUCAGCCUAAAUAGCUUCACUCCAAAUGUCGUACUCCAUAUUAGAAAUUAAUAUUUGAAGCGAACAAAAAGCCUCAGUUUCAGGAUUUGAGUAUCUACUAGAAAGACUAAGGGGAAGGCCGAAUAUUCGCUGAUAAGCCGAACCCCUCACGCAUUGGCAGAAUAUCGACGGAACACAUAUUUGGGGUUUUAGUUAAUUAUUUACUGUUCCUUUUUAAUUUCCUCAGAAACUAACUGCGAACUUGGAGUACGUCGGAAUAUUUAAGGUAUAUAGGCUCAGACCAAAGUUUUUAGGUAUGAAUAUUUGGACCGAAGUACAUUAGCCGCAGCGGAUAACCGCGUUAUAUUCUUUAGCUGCUGACAGGCAGCUUUACUUCAGGGUAAGGUGAUACCAAACUAACAGCACAGGUACUAGCCAAAAGCUCAUACACGCGUGUUUCGCCGAUAUUCUGCCCGCUGUAUGACACAGCUGCGAGGAAUUUGGCUCGUCAGUGGGUCCCCCAGCAUUCCCUGUUUGCUUUCUGGUAGAUAGUCCAAUUUAGAAAAAAAGUUGCUGUUUAAUUUCCUCAGAAAUUCACUGCGAGCUUGGAGUCCAUCGCUGUGACUGAUGGACUUCAGCCCAAAUGCUCAUAAAUAAAAACUUUAGUCUAAGCCUAUAGACCUUAAAUAUACAGAUCUAUUCCAAGUUCACAGUUAAUUUCUAAGGAAAUUAAAAAGCAAAAAAUCCGUUUUUCCCCCCCUUUCCUCCAGAAAAUUCAAUGGAUUUGUACACACAUUUAACGUCACACUGAUUAUACUGUGAAGGGCAUUGAAAAAUUGAGGCCGAAGACACUCUAUCUUCCUCAGUGAAAACAGUUCUAAGCAUUCGUCAGUCAAUGCUUAUUUUUGCAGGUAGCACCUUAUCGGUGGUUUUCAAAUAUAGACGACAGCUCCCAGACGGCGGUGACAUACUGUAGACGACUUAACCUUAUCUUUGCUUUGAGGAACGACACGUCUCUCAACUGCUUUGUUAUCCUAUCUUCGUAGGCCACCACUGGUCUUACACAGACAGCAAUACCAACCCAAGCAAAUGGGCCCAUCUUAACUCCAUAAUGUGUUCGGGAUGGGCUCAAUCGCCAAUCGCCUUGAGUUCUAGGAAGGCCACUUUCUUGGGCAUGAACAGCGAGGCCGAGGUCGACAUUUCUGAACAGAGUUCAAAGAAAUCUGGAUAUUUCAAUGUUACAAACAACGGCCAUUCCCGUAAGGCAUCUAAUUCUGCUCAGAAUCUUUUAUCUCCUUCUUUUUCUCUCUAUUCCGGUAUCAGUAAGUUUUGAGCAUAUUUUGAGAUUUGAUGCAGACUUUCUUUGGGCAUUCUGGCGUGACCUCUUUUUAAAGGCAGAGUUCACUCCAAGUCAUAGGUACAAGCAAGAUAAUUCCAUACAGUUAAGCUGAUGAUUUGGGAUUUCCUUGCGAACUACCACUUCAGCAUGUGAUGAGAUGUGGCAAACUGAAGUAUCUAUCUAAACACCCGAGGUAUUCACGGAAAUCCAACGAUGAAGGGGGGUUUUUUCGGCAAUAAUGCACUUAUGGCAACUGUAGCAUUGUAGAGAGCACUGUCUAGUGCAAAUACGAAAAGGCCGCCGGUUAAUCAUUACUCAUUCAGGUGCUAAACACUGGUGCUUAUUUUCAACUGAUGCUUAUUGAUACUUAUUGAUCUGACUCCUAAUUUAGAACUAAGGAAUAGCAGAAUAAUGGGAUAAGAAAAUCUACUAAAGUAUCUAGUCCGAAAGUUUAGAUCACUUUCCUGUUUCGAGAACGCAUUCACUGACUUUCGGAAAUUAUUUCAAUAUUCUCCAAGGGCAAGCAAUAACACAGAUUAUUGACAGCAAAGUAACUCUGCCGGACAAAAAAGACUAGGGGAAAUAAAACUAGACUCCAGUAGAUGUGCUAACUCAUGAAAUGGUAACUGAAAUUCUGAAAUACGUUUUCUACUCGAAAAGAUUACUUAGGUUGGAUUGUAAGAUCAACAUUAAGCAGCACAAUUCAAAAAUAUUUCAGUUACUUCGGGAUGGCGGCUAUUGAACUAACUUCUCUCCGGCCGCCUGCAAAACUGAACUUUGUGAAAAAUGACUACUUAAGUAGUGUGAAUUCUCUCCAUAGCUUUUUGAUGCCCUUAUCAAUUUAAAUAUCAUCCGUAGAAAACAUGAGUAGAAAUAUUCAUUAUUUUACUCAUUUGUUAGGAGAUUGCUUCCUCCUCAAAUUCUGUAACUGAAGAAAGGAUAUAAUCCUGUUUUAAAAUUUUUCUAAUUAUGAGAUUAUUUAGGACCGUGAGAUGGCCGUUCAUAAAACAUUGUGUCUUUCACUUUCAAAUGUUGCUUGUAAAAUUUACAACAUCGUUCAAAUCCACUGCUAAAUUUCAUGAACACCUAUAUGGUCUCCUCUUAAUAGCACAUAGAAAUGUGUGAUUUUCCGUACUCGGGUAAGAUAGGGCUUGUAGUUUGGGAACCCCGAAUGCAGGUGUAACGGCAGGCCGGAUUCAGAAGUGUUUGGGAAUUGAAAUAUUCUAUUAAAACUUAAUUAUACCCUCACUUCAAGCAUAAAAUUUGAAGAAGGCCUAAGUUUAUACCAAACGAGUAAAAUAAUGAAAAUCCGUGUACAUUUUUUCUAGAAAAUAUAGUAGAAUUUAUGAGAGGACUGGAAAUUAAUGAGAAAAAUCCACACUAUAUAAGUAGACAUAUCUAGCAGAGUGUAGUUUUUUUGCAGGCGGCUAGAAUGAAGUUUGUUGAAAAGCCAGCAUUCCGAAGUAGCUCAGAUAUGUUGGAAUUGUGCUGGACGGUUAUUGAUAGUACAACCCUACUUAAGUAAUCUUUUCGAAUCGAAGAUGCAUUUCUGUCAGUGUCCAUAUUUUUUGUGGCCCUCGGUUCUUACUUUGUUUCUGUUGCACAUCUGAACUGAGCCAUCUAUUUAAAGAGAAAAAUAGUAGAUGAAUGGAGAAGUUCAGACUGGUGACGCUUGUUAUGAGUCAUUAUAUUUGGAGUAAAUGACAGAAGCCCUGAAAACAGAUGUAAGGGAAAAUAGUUAAAUUGCAAAGAUUUUGUGUGCAGUUUUAGUGAGAAUAAUGCAUAAAUCUAAUAGUGGAGCAUAAAUGCGAAAAGAAUAUGGCAUUUGCGAAAUAAUUGCGAAAACAUUGUUCAUUGCAUUCGGACUGUGAAAAUUUACACAAGGGUCAAUUUUACCACACAAAAGUAUCUGUUGAAAUCCUGUUAGUAGUAUGUUUAUAGUCAGUUAUGUGAAGGGUUUAGGUCCUUUGCUUCUGCAUCUGGACGGUAAGCUUUCUUCCGAAAGUAAAUCUUUACUUUUAGUCGUAUGAAUGCACGCCACGGUCCAGUGACAAACAAGGCAGUCAAGGAUCCUCUUGACUUCUAAAUGCACUUAAAGUCCUUGCCUGUGCUUAUACAAGUGACGCACACAUUACUGCUUGCGAAAUCCAUCUUGUGUCAUCAUUGCUCAAAGCCAAAUGCGUACAUUUAUUCCCAUUUCAUGCAGUGCAAGUCAACAUCCCCGACGGACUGUGGACAAUCACGCUAAAUGAUGAAGCAGAGGGCUACUACAAAGUUAGCCAGUUUCAUUUUCACUGGGGAGGUGGAAAUGACAGGGGUUCGGAACACACUAUGGACGGUCAGACUUUCCCGCUAGAGGUUUGUCUUUGUCUGAUGUUGCAUACUGAUUUUUAGACUUCUCCUAUCGGAUGGAUUCACUUGGCCGUGCCGAUCAGUCGAUCUAAACAUUUCCAAUUUUCUUUAGGAUAGAGGAAUAUAAUACUAACAGCACAAGUAAUAGCCAAAAGCCCAUACAUGCGUGUUUCGCUGAUAUUCUGCCACUGCAUGACACAGCUGCGAAGGGUUCGGCUCGGCGUUGGGUCCCCCAGCAUUCGCUGUCUGCUUUCUGGUAGAUACUCCAAUUUAGGAAUCGUUGUAUCUGAAAAAAUGGAAGCUCUACUGUCUAGGCCGUUAGACGACUGCGAUGCAGUUGGUGGUGAUCAAACUGAGAAAUCCGCUUCUGUAUGCAUUCAUCGACAUAAACUGGCAGAACAAGGCGCGAUCGCCACUCCCACGUGGCCAUGCAUACUCUGGGUACCGAGCCUAUCAGUGCGUCGGGCAAACUUAGUAUUUUCAACGUCUGUCCUUUUAAGAACGACCAAGAGUUCCUCGAGGGCAUGUACUUAGAUUGAUUAUGCGUCAUUUGGAGCAUUGGGUUUGAUGCCGCGAACAAAAAUCCCAGGGACAGAUGGAAAGAGCCAAUCAGAACAGGACGACACACGCAGCGGCUGCUCAUUGGGCAGUCAUCAAACGAAUUUAGCAUGUGAAGAGCGUUUAAAAUUUUUCGCACAUUUGUUCUACGUCUGGCGACAACCUAGAGAACCAGCGUCAGAAAUUUCCAUAAUCAAGCUUGCUACUUUUCUCAGAGACGAUUUUCAACUUUAACAUAUCUCUAUAUGCUUACUAGAAAUUGCCAAAAGUGACCUAACAUAGCAUCAGUCUUACUUGUCAUUGUCAGUUCAUGUGACUGAUGGUACUAUCAUCAAGACCUCUUCGAACAAACGAGGGGUCGUCAAUCACAUUUUAACGAAUUUAUUUCAUUUUGAGCGUUCCACAGCAAGACAUGAUGUACACCUUUUCAAGAGUACUUACUUAAAAGACCAGCCAUGCGCUCUCUCCUUUCAUAGAUGCACAUUGUCGCCUACUCCUCCAUGUACGCCAAUUUCUCGACGGCACAAUCGGCCCCAAGAGGGUUGGCUGUGGUUGGUGUCUUCUUCCAACUGACCGCUGAUCAGUCCAAAUCCAGUCUGUCAAAAAUGGGCAACCUCUUAUCAAUUAUUGGCCAGCUCACAAAUGCGAGUACGACAACCACAAUACAGUCAUUUGACCCUCAUAUUCUCCUGCCCACUAAAAAGAACCAGUUCUUCCGCUAUUUCGGUUCUCUCACUACGCCGCCCUGCACGGAAAACGUCCAAUGGACUGUGAUGAGAAAUCCCCUCCUCGUGACCACUACAGACGUAAGUUUCUCUGCCGUGUCCCUUCUGUCUGUGUUCAUGGAUUUUUUCAAUUUCGCCGGAGCUUAAAGUUGAAAAUGGACAGUGAGGGGAGACGGUAAAUGCGGCGCACUGCAAGCAUAAGGACAGACGGCGUCCUUAACUCCUCGUUUUUAACGGAAAAUUCAGGGAGUUUCCAAGUGUAUGGAAAGGUUGAACGCACUAUUAAUGGGCGGAUCAGUAAGUCGUCAGAGAAGCUCAGCUUAUUUGAUUGAGGUUAGCUGACGGAUUCUAGAAAAGGAACAAGAUUGAAUUGGGAAAUAUUGGAGAACAGGGGAAAAUGAGGCAGGGAUGCCCUAUAAUUAACCGGCUGAGAUCUCGUCUGGUAAUAAGGUAAGACUGGACGAAAUCGACUUGAUAUGCUGCCACAAAGUUAACAGUGCGCAUAUCUCUGUUUGCUGUUAUCCUUCAGAUGAAAGAUGGUUGUGAAAAAUACAAGUACGCUAAAGAAAUCUGCCGGCGUACGCGGACAAGGAAAUUCGGCAACAAAAAAGGCGUCAGAGGACGCGCAGCCGACUGCAUGGCUGAAUGCUCCUCGGGGUGGAGGAGUUGGAGAGAUGCAUUUGUCAGACAGGAUUGCGGGAAAGGUAAAUAUGAGAGUCAAAACACCGGGCCGUAAAGCAGGGGUACGGCGGAUGAUUUGUCUGAGUUCAUUCUACUGGUUGCCUUGGACCAACAGGGUCCGGCAGGCGUUAUUGCUAAUUCGCACCCAUGACAGAUGUCAACAUUCGGGUGUGGUGGCACGCCCAUGUGCCGGCUCCCGCCGCGCCGAUUGGGAUCCGUUCCACCCCCUAUUUUUGUUGUGGUAAAAAAUCCCGGUCAGUGUUGUUGUGGACUAGGGGGAGUGUGGUGGUACACCUAGGUGAGGGUUUUCGCAGUACCAGCCACCUGCGUCCUCUCACCGCUCCGGUCUUCUUGACUGUGUCUUGACGCCUGGCCCAGAUUGGCGGGGAGAAUAGGGUGCGGUAGAUGCUGUGCAAGUCCAUUUCACUAUAAAUUAAUGUUCAAGUCACUGUGCCUGCACUCACUUCGCUGUGGAGCUCGCGGUAGACAUGGUGUCGAGCGAAGUUAGGUGGAGUUUGGUCGAAAGAGAUUCGCAGCUAGUGGAGUCAAAAUCAGUCACGGACAUUGCACACCAGCAUUACAGUAGGUAAGCUAACUCAUGAAAUGUCAACAGAAAUUCCGAAAUGCGUUUUCGCUUCGAAAAGGUUAAUUAAGUCGGGUUUAAAAACUUGUCUACUUAUGUGGCCUGCAUUUUUCUCAAUGAUUUUCGAUGGCCUAAAAAAGUCUAUUAAAUUUCAUAGAAAACAUACAUACAAAUAUUCGUCCUUUUUUCAUUUGAUAGAAAAUUACGUCUUCUUACAAUUUUAUACUUGAAGAAAGGGUUUAAUUCGGCUUUAAGGUAACUUUUCCAUUCUGCAAAUAAUCUUGAACUCGAUCUGCCGUUACACAUGCAUUUGGCGUUUCGAAACUACAAGGCAUAUAUUUUUCACGUACAGAAAGCCACAAAUUUCCCUACAGUAGUCAGUGGAGAUCAUAUGGGGUUCAUAUGAUUUAGCAGUGGAUUUGAGCCAUGUUGUUAACUUUGCAAGCAACACUAGUGAAGGGCCAUUUCACGGCAUUAAAAAAAUCUCACAGUUAGAAACUUUUUUAAAACCAAAUUAUACCCUUCCUUCGAGUAUAAAAUGGAAAGGAGAAUGAAUAUCUUGUGCAUAUUUUCCAUGAAAUAUAACUGACUUUUAAGGGCAUCGAAAACCAAUGAGAAAAAUGCUUGCUACUUAAGUAGUCAUUUUGUACAGAGUGUAGUUCCUGCAUGCGACCGAAAAGAAUUUCGUUUGAAAACCGGCAUCCUGAGGUAGAUGAAUUGUGAUAGAAUUAUUCCCCAAAAUGGUUAGUUUUACAAUCCUACUUAAUUAAUCUUUUUGAAACAACAACGCAUUUCGGGAUUUCGGUUGACAUUUCAUGAGUUAGCCCACCUACUGUAGUUGUGCAAUGCAUUCUGUACGCCCGAUGGUCUACAACACGGAAAAUCAAGGUAGGAUAGUAAAAUCCGAAUUUUACUUAGUAGACCGAUAACGGAUGCUGAAUUCAGUGGACGGUCUUUUGACUAUGAGAAGCCUCCCCAAUCCUCCAAAUUGUCGGCUAUUCUGACUACAACUGCUUCUGUGAACAAAAGGUUGCAUUACUUUCAUCACUAUCGGUCCAUACUAUGAGGCAUUUAUGAAAUACGAACUUAUGCCUGGUGAACCAAUGUUUUUUGCGUUUUCUGGACUUGCAGUUGGAGAAGCUGCGAUCCCUCAAGUUCGGUGACAAUGAUGGCGGGAAGCCGAUGCAGGAUAACUUUCGCCCGCUUCAACCGCUAAACGCCCUUCAGGCGCCGCAGCCACGGGUGUUGUACAAAUCCUGGUCUGCAGCCUCACAAAUCUCCGUCGCAACCAGUCUCCUCUUACUCAGCCUGAGCUUGACGCUUUUCGGGCUUUUCUGUUAA